AUGUGUUUUUAUUUCUUUCUUUUUCUUCUGUCUUUUCUUUUUACUUCUCAUCUUGUGGCGUUUUUUCUUGUCUCUCUUUUUUAUCUUUCUCUCUCAUUCAUCCUUUUAUUCAUUUAUUCUUUCCAUUUAAUUAUUUCUUUUUCAUUUUUUCUUUACGACUUUUUCUACUUUAUCUUUCAUUUAGUUGUUAAUUCAUUCUCAUUCGUUUUUGUCAUUUUUAUUUCCUGCUUUCUACUUUCAUUUCUUUCUGCUUUUUUUUAUUUUCUUUCUGUCGCUUUUUUUACUUCUUUUUUUUUCUCUAUAUAUAUUCUCAUUUCCACACGUUUACAGUCUUGUACUUUCUUUCUUUUUUACUUUUUCGUUUCUUUAUUUCUUUCUUUUUUUUUAUUUCUUCUUUUUUAUAGCUUUUCUCUUACUCGCGUUUUCUCCUUUCUUUCUCUCGCUUCUGAGUAUCUAUUUUCUUUGUCCCUCUCUCUCUCUCUCUCUCUCUCUCUCUCUCUCUCUCUGUGUUGA